AAACCUGAAGGAGACGACGACAGAUGAUGUAACAACUGCCCCCUAACCAAGGCUAUAUAAAUGCGACCUUUGCAGUUUUGCUGGCUAACUGCAGGAGCUAGGCGAGCCGUCUGCGCAUCAAUAGAACAAUAAACACCGUGACCUUGUCCCUGGUGGAGGUGUGGAGACGCGAAAAUGGCCGCCCGAGCGUUGGUGCUGGUCCAGCGGAUGACUAUAGCUAGGAGAGCCUUCUCUCUUUCGGCCUGUGUCCGCCAUGAGCGACUGCACGAGGUCCUCCCUCCCCAUGAGUCGUUUGCCCGACGCCACAUUGGCCCGUCCUCCGAGGACACCCAGGAGAUGCUUCGGGUCUGUGGCGUGGAGACAAUGGAAGAGCUGAUAUCUAAGACGGUGCCUGAAUCCAUUCGCUCCACCCAAGAACUCAUCCUCGACCCACCUCUGUCAGAGUUGGAGCUAGUGGACCGUAUCAGUGACCUGGCCAGCAAGAACGAGGUCCACAGGUCAUACAUCGGACUGGGUUACUACGACUGCAUCACUCCCGCCGUCAUCAAGAGAAACGUCAUGGAGAAUCCCGGCUGGAUCACUCCAUACACCCCGUACCAGGCAGAGCUGGCCCAGGGCAGGCUCGAGUGCCUCAUGAAUUAUCAGACAAUGGUGUGUGACCUGUCCGCCAUGGACGUUGCCAACGCCUCUCUACUGGACGAGGCCACUGCUGCUGCUGAGGCCAUGGCACUCUGCUUCAGGCAGUUUAAGGAUAACGAGCACAACGUGUUCUACGUGGACCGACACGUCCACCCACACUCCCUGGCCGUCAUCCAGACACGAGCCAACCAUCUCGGAGUGAAGACGGUGGUCGACGAUUUCCACAAUUUCGAUUUCUCCACAGGGACGGUGUGCGGCGUCCUCGUCCAGUACCCCAAUACUGACGGACAGAUCAACGACUUCACCGAAAUGAUUGAAAAAGCUCACGAAAAUAAGGUGCUGGUGGCGAUGGCUACCGACCUGUUGACUCUGACUCUCCUGAAACCUCCUGGUGAUCUGGGGGCCGACAUUGCCCUCGGCAGCUCUCAGAGGCUGGGCGUUCCCAUGGGUUUUGGCGGACCGCAUGCGGGCUUCUUUGCCGUCAAGAAACCUCUGCUCAAGUCAAUGCCGGGGAGAAUAGUUGGUCGGACUUGGGACCACCAGUCAAUGCCGACCCAUCGACUGUGUCUCCAGACCAGGGAACAGCAGAUCAGGAAGGACAAGGCAACCAGCAAUAUCUGCACCGCUCAGGCUCUCCUGGCCAACAUGUCGGCCCUGUACACCAUCUACCACGGACCAGAGGGCCUCAGAGAUAUCGCCUAUCGCAUUCACAGGAGUACUCUUGUUCUGGCUGAAGCUCUCAGGAGACAGGGACAUAUCAUUCAUCUUGGCCCCUUCUUUGACACCAUCAAGGUGACGUGUAAUUCUCACGUGGCCGACAGACUGAAGGUUCUGAGAAGAGCUCGAGAAAAGAAGAUCAACCUCAGAAUCAGCGAUGAAGACGACUUGGGAGUGUCACUGGACGAGACGGUCACAGCCAGUGACGUCAGUGACCUCAUGUGGAUCUUUGGCUGCACCAGAGAAACACAGGACUCCAUAGUUGCCAGUGCUCCGGAAGACAUCACUGAAGGCUCGUUCCUCGACUCAGAGUAUCAGCGGACCUCUCAGUACCUCAGCCACCCUGUCUUCAACAAGUACCAUUCUGAGACAGCUCUGCUGCGCUACAUGAAACAACUGGAGAACCUUGACCUUUCUCUGGCCCACUCCAUGAUACCCCUGGGCUCCUGUACGAUGAAGUUGAACGCCACGAGUGAGCUGCUGCCCAUCUCCAUGCCAGAGUUUGCCUCUCUCCACCCGUUUGCCCCCGAGGAACAGAGUGUUGGCUACCAGGAGAUGCUGGAGGAGCUGGACCGGGACCUCUGCGAGAUCACCGGCUACGACAAGUUCAGUUUCCAGCCAAACAGUGGUGCUCAGGGAGAGUUUGCAGGUCUGUGUGCCAUCAUGGCCUACCACAGAGACAGAGACGAACAGCACAGGAAGCCCAUGGGACCAACUGCGGCCAGUGCUCAGAUGGCAGGACUGAAUGUGGUCUAUAUUCCCACUGACAAGAAGACUGGGAUGGUCAGCAUUGAGGACUUCAAGAUUAAGGUGGAGGAGACUCGUAAGGACCUUGCGGCGGUCAUGGUGACGUAUCCCUCCACGUACGGUGUGUUUGAAGAGACUAUUGUGGACCUGUGUGACAUGGUGCACCACUAUGGCGGACAGGUGUAUGUGGAUGGAGCCAACCUGAAUGCCCAGGUGGGGCUGUGCAGACCAGGAGACUAUGGAGGAGAUGUUUCCCACCUCAACCUCCACAAGACCUUUUGUAUCCCUCACGGAGGAGGCGGGCCCGGGAUGGGACCCAUUGGAGUUAAGGCACACUUGGCUCAGUACCUUCCUUCUCACCCCAUCACCUCCACGUCCUCUGACCCUGCAAAAAGUCUGGGCACGGUGUCAGCAGCGGCGUGGGGCUCGGCCUCCAUUCUCCCCAUCUCCUGGGCCUACAUCAAACUCAUGGGCCCACAAGGUCUCCGCUCUGCCUCCGAGGUUGCCAUACUGAAUGCCAAUUACAUGGCUGCAAGACUCAAAGACCACUAUAAGAUCCUCUUCAGAGGAGCACAUGGGUUCAAUGCACACGAGUUCAUUCUGGAUACGAGAGAUUUCAAGACCUCUGCAAACGUGGACUCCAUCGACAUCACAAAGAGACUGCAGGACUACAGUCUCCACGCACCCACCGUCUCGUGGCCUGUGAGCAACACCCUCAUGUUGGAGCCGACAGAGAGCGAGGACAGGGAGAUGAUGGACAACUACUGCGAUGCCCUCAUUUCAAUCAGAGAAGAAAUCCGGGAGAUCGAAGAUGGGAAAUACAGCAAGGACAACAACGUCAUAAAGGGAGCACCCCACACAAUGAAGGUGGUCACAGCAGACGACUGGGACAGGCCUUACUCUAGAACAAAGGCUGCCUUUCCCGCGUCAUGGUUGCUUCCAGUGAACAAAGUGUGGCCUGGUAGUGCCAGACAGGAAGAGAUACACGGAGACAGAAAUGUGGUCGCCACUCUCUAUGAAGCUCUCUCGACUGUCAAGAAAAAGUGACUUCACACCCAGGAAAAAUCUACCUGUGUUGUCGUAAUUGUUUGUCCUAACAUUGUAUACUGUAAACUUCAUUGUGAAGUCAUUAUAAUAACAAUGUGUCAUCAUUAUACAGUGCAUUAAAUUAUAACACAACUCGCACUGGAUAUAUAAUAUAUACAAUAGUUGCAAAAAUGUUUUUCGUUAAUAAUAAUACAGUAGGUGCGAAAUAAUACAUUUAGUGGGUAGUUGGGCUUGCAAGAAGUGAUUCAUGCAAAAUUGAAUGAAUACAAAAACAUUCAGAGAUAAGGGUGAAUUCAGACUAUAACAAGACUUAGUGGUGAUCAUCAAAAAAACAGCGUCAUAGUUUCCAGAAAUUAUAAUACAGACAAUAGUGAUAGUGAUAGAGAAAAUGAUGAGACUUAGCUCUUGAGCAAAUUGGAGAUGGUGAAAUUGCACUUGUUGGCCAGAUCGACCCCGGGUCCUCCAGACUCUGCGCUGUGUCCAAAUACGGGGCUCGAGCACUCGGCAGUGACGGGAUAGGGAUAGGCGACUGCUGCAGCCGCUACAGAAAACGGAGGGUGGCUGGCGUAGGUGUCCAUCGGGGAGGCGCAUGUCGUUCCGUUGGUGAAGUUUUGGCCCUGCGUGGGAGGUGCAGAGAUGGGGGAAGUUUGGCUCGAGUAAGGGGAAUAGCUCCAGGAGGGCUGAGUGAGCCCGUCACCAGGCUGAUAGUGGGCGAGGGGGGCGAAAUUGGGUGGGCUCCCAAUGGAGUAACUCCGUGAUAUCGGGAUGUGGGGUACAGUGGGGAACUCGUAAGGCAUGUCGCCGACAGGUGGCGAGGAGAAGCUCCGGCUGCGUUGCUGAGCAGCAACUACCUCGGUGGCAUAGCGAUGGUGGGCGUUGGCAUCGGGGAACACGGGGAUACAGCUGGCUGCCGGGUACCCGUUCCCGUGGGUGCAGGGAAUGGUUGCGUACUGGGAGCUCGUGUUUGGGGAUAAGGAUGUGGGAGGGGAAAGAGGUGGCGACUCCGUCAGGCGAGUGAAGACCAGUCGGAGAGGUGACGGGGUCGGCGUAGGGCUUCUGCGGGAGCUGGUGAAGGAAUCUGUACCUCCUGCGCAGGAAACUCCCGUUUUUGAACAUCUCCGAGCUCGCCGGGUGAAGCUUCCAGAAGUUUCCUUUCCCCGAGGAGCCGUAUUCGCGCGGGACCUUUAUGAAGCAGUCGUUGAGGCUGAGGUUGUGCCGGAUGGAGUUCUGCCAGGUGGGCCAGCGCUUGCGGUAGUAGGGGAACUGCUGGAUGAUGUAAUCACAGAUCUCCCCCAGCGUGAGCAUCUUGUUGGGCGACUGGGAGAUGGCCAUCGCGAUCAGGGCAAUGUAAGAGUAUGGUGGUUUGAUGUCGUCUUGGUUGCACUGCGAGGUGGAGUUGGCCUUCUUGCGGUUUCUCUUUUUCGUGGACGAUUUCUGCUGUGUUUCGGUUGUCUCGGAACUGGUGGUGGUGCUAGAGUCUGAUGACGUGGUGGUGUCCUUGUCUGGGCGUUCAUCCUCGGUGCUCUGGUUGUUUUCUCCCUCUUUUGUCUUCACCAGCGGAGGAGGAAGGGCUCUCUUUCCGUCCUCAGGCUCGCUCUUGAUCGUUUUCUGCAACACGGGUGCAAAUAGGGUGGAAGAGGGGAAAGAUAACGUUGGGAUAAUUGGCGAAUGUCUCGCUGCAUUCCGUAGUGGAAGAUGCAAAUUGCGCACCAGCUCGUCUUACAAUCGAUUGCGAUUCUGCAGCGCCUCACAGGGGUGUCCGGUUACGUAGGCUCCACGGCACUUACGCCGGGCACUCGAGGCGCACCGAAGCUUGCU